AUGUUGAUCAAGAGGCAUAACAGAGUAAUUUCAUAUUCCAACAACAUCGAACAACUUUUCUCCUUUAUCGCAUUGAUGCAAGUUGUUUGGAAUACGUUAGUCAUUUGCAGUAUAGGAUUUCUCUUAAUAGUUUCUAUCCAUAAUGAAGCUAGAGGUUUCGUAUUAGUGAGAACCGUUUCUGCUUAUUGUGUUAUAAUGGUUGAAGCUUUUAUCAUUUGUUUUGCUGGAGAACAUCUUAGCCUCAAGGGAAAAUUAAUUGCAAAUGCAACAUAUGAAAUGCUGUGGUAUGAUAUGCCCGUAAAUACGGAAAAAAUUUUAAUGUUUAUAAUAAUGAGAUCUCAAAAGCGAUUGACGAUUACUGCAGGGAAAAUGAUAGAUAUGUCAUUCGAAACUUUUGCGAAUAUCAUGAAGGCAUCAGCAUCUUAUAUAUCUGUUUUGAAUGCUAUGUAUUAA